AAAAAAAAAUCUAGGACGUGAUCUGUUGUGAAUUGAUUUAUUUACCAUGUUGCUGAAAAGGUGAAUGCAGUUGUUUCGAAUGCAUUGGACUUCAGAGGGAUUGUGCUGCGUGCUAUAAGUUGAGGUUUUUUUUUAUUUAACCCAUCGAAGACCAGUGGCCAAAAUCACCCAGGAAUGUGGACAUAUGAAGGAAGACGCUAUUUUGGUAUUCUGACAGUGCCUCUAAUAUUGGUUGCAGUUUUCUGCUGCGCUCAAAGCGUAAAUGAACCCGGAAACAUGUCUUUUGUCAAGGAAACGGUGGACAAACUGUUGAAAGGAUAUGACAUUCGGCUCAGACCGGAUUUUGGAGGUCACCCGGUUGCAGUUGGAAUGAACAUAGAUGUGGCUAGCAUUGACCAAGUGUCCGAAGUUAAUAUGGAUUAUACAAUCACCAUGUAUUUCCAGCAGUACUGGAGGGACAAGAGGCUGGCUUAUUCAGGCAUUCCUCUCAACCUGACGCUGGACAAUCGAGUGGCUGAUCAGCUCUGGGUCCCCGACACCUAUUUCCUGAACGACAAGAAGUCCUUUGUGCACGGAGUGACGGUGAAGAACAGGAUGAUCCGACUUCAUCCGGAUGGAACGGUGCUGUACGGGCUGAGAAUCACAACAACAGCUGCCUGUAUGAUGGAUCUGCGGAGAUAUCCAUUGGAUGAACAGAACUGUACGCUGGAAAUAGAAAGCUAUGGUUACACAACAGAUGACAUUGAGUUCUACUGGAGAGGAGGUGACGAUGCUGUAACAGGGGUGCAUAAGAUCGAGUUGCCGCAGUUCUCGAUUGUGGAGUAUAGACUGGUUUCCAAAAAUGUCGUCUUUGCAACAGGUGCAUACCCGAGGCUGUCUUUGAGCUUCAAAUUGAAGAGGAAUAUCGGUUACUUCAUCCUUCAAACAUACAUGCCGUCCAUACUGAUCACCAUUCUGUCUUGGGUGUCGUUCUGGAUUAAUUAUGAUGCCUCAGCUGCCAGAGUUGCCCUCGGGAUCACGACGGUGCUGACGAUGACAACCAUCAACACCCACCUGAGGGAAACGCUCCCAAAGAUUCCCUAUGUCAAAGCCAUCGACUUGUACCUGAUGGGCUGCUUUGUCUUUGUGUUCCUGGCCUUGCUGGAGUACGCCUUCGUCAACUAUAUUUUCUUCGGGAGAGGCCCGCAAAUGCAGAAGAGGUUGGCAGAGAAAGCCUCCAAGUCCAAUAACGAACGGCACAAGUAUGAAGGCAACAGGGUGGACGCUCACGGGAACAUCCGCCUCUCGACCGUGGAGAUCCACAACGAGGUGUCCGCCACAGAGGUCACCACCAGUGUCUCCGACUCCCGGAAUUCAGUCAUGUCCUUCGACAACCCGGGAAUCCAGUACAGGAAACACAGCUCGGCUCGGGAGGGGUUCGGGCGAGGCACGAUGGACAGGAACCCCACGCAGACCAAGAAGAACCGCUUGCGACGAAGGUCAUCUCAACUAAAGAUUAAAAUCCCCAACCUGACUGACGUGAACGCCAUAGACAGAUGGUCAAGGAUAGUGUUCCCUGUCGUCUUUUCUCUCUUUAACCUGAUCUACUGGCUCUACUACGUAAACUGACACUGAGCGUUGCUCUCUGCAGAUCUAGAGGACUCCAUUUAAUAUAGAGGGCAAACCAACUGCCCAACCGUGGUAGGAAUGCAAGAAAUGCUAACAUUGCAGCUAUGGGGGACAAAAAUCAAAACAAAAUUGGGACGUUAGAACGCAAGCUGUGACAAUGAGAAACAAAAAACAAAUGUACAACUUU